GUCGCAGGCCGCCUGCAUCCCGGUGUUGCUUAGCAACGGAUGGGAGCUUCCCUUCUCUGAUGUCAUCCAGUGGAAUCAGGCCGUUGUCGAGGGUGACGAACGGCUGCUGCUGCAGAUCAUCAAGGACAGAGUGUACUCACACAUCUCCAGAAAUAAGCUGAUGUGGAAUGCCUUACCUGGAGGACUGCUGGUGCUGCCCGAGUUCUCCACACACCUGGCGCAUUACCCCUUCUACUACCUACACCUGGGGAUCAGUCCUGGUCUGGAGUUUACCGCGGUAAUUCACGCCACCUCACCGCUGGUCUCUCAAUCUCAGCCAAUCAUGAAGCUGCUUCAGGUCGUCUCCAAGUCUAAAUACUGCUCACAGAUCAUCAUCCUGUGGAACAGUGAGAAGUCGCCCCCACAGAGGAGUAAAUGGCCACCGAUGCCAGUGCCGCUCACCGUCACAGAUGGCAGGAGGAAAACGAGCAGUCGUUUUCUGCCACACGCCGCCAUCGAGACGGAGGCCGUUCUGAGUCUGGAUGAAGACACGGUGCUGCUGACCAGCGAGAUCAAUUUUGCUUUCCAUGUGUGGCGGAGUUUCCCGGACAGGAUUGUUGGUUAUCCUCCCAGGAGUCAUUUCUGGGACCCUGUAAAAAAGGCCUGGGGCUACACCUCUAAAUGGACCAACGAGUACUCCAUCAUCCUCACUGGAGCCGCCUUUUAUCACAGGUACUACCAUCACCUGUUCUCGCACUACCUGCCCUCGUCUCUGCGAGCACUGGUGGAUCACUCCUGCAACUGUGAGGACAUCCUGAUGAACUUUCUAGUGUCCUCUGUGACACAUCUGCCGCCUGUAAAAGUGGCACAGAGGAAGCAGUACAAGGAGAUGCCCAGCCUACAGGGCACUAAGAUGGCACCGUGGGCGAAUCCUGAGCACUUUACGCAGAGGCAGGAGUGUGUGAACACCUUCUCCAGCUGGUUCGGCUACAUGCCCCUGGAGCACUCGCAGUUUCGGCUGGAUCCGGUGCUCUUCAAGGACCACGUGUCCGUCCUGCGCAAACGCUACAAAGACCUGGAGCGAGUCUGACCGUUCAAUAUAUCUGACUGACAGACGGAUGAGAAACACUGCAGAUCUGUCAAUCACUCAGACCUGUCAAUCAUUCCAGCCGCUGAUUAACUGGAGGACGGUGCUGUGGACUAACACACACGACAUGAAGCGCUAAUUACAUGACCAAUAAAAGACUUACAAAAUGCA